GCUUAGUGUGGCUAAAUGGAUCGAACACUCUGCCUCUCUCUACUUUUCUUCACGGCGGCGGUAGCGGCGGAGACCGGCGGCGCAGAACCCAACCUCACUUCCGGCGGGCUGUUAUGGUCUACUGCUGCGGAGGAAUCCGAUCUGGCCCCGCCGCCGGAUGACGGCGGCUUUUCUUCACUCGAUGGCAUGUUGCAGUGGGCUAUAAGUCAUUCUGAUCCUGGAAAGUUAAAGGAAUCAGCAGAAGCUCAGCAACGGCUUCCACCAAGCGAGCUAUAUAAACGUCAAUUUGAAAUCAAGGAAAUAAUGGAGAAAAUGAAGAUGCCUUCUGAUGCUGAAUUGAUGAGAAUCGCAAUAAGUGACUUGAAUAACGUGUCUACAUCCUUGGAAGAUAGGCACCGUGCUUUACAGGAGCUUCUUGAGCUUGUUGAGUCGAUUGAUAAUGCAAAUGAUUUAAGCAAACUUGGAGGACUUCUCGCGGUUAGAGAAGAACUUUAUUGCUCUGAUCCUGGUAUAAGGACAAUUGCUGCAUGGGUUCUUGGAAAAGCUAGUCAAAAUAAUGCAAUUGUUCAGCAGCAGAUCUUGGAACUUGGAGUGCUCUCAAGGCUGAUGAAAAUGGUAAACUCUAAUUCGAUGGAAGAAGCCAAUAAAGCAUUAUAUGCUGUUUCAGCUUUGAUUAGGAAUGAUUUGGCUAGUCAGGGGUUGUUCUAUGCUGAAGCUGGAGGUUGGAUGCUUCAGGAUAUUUUGAGUAAUACAAGUCUUGAUGUCAGACUACGGAGGAAAGCUGUACGUCUAUUGGCUGAUCUAGCAGCGUAUCAAUUAGAAAAUGUAGAUAGGGAAGAACAACCAUUUUUCAAUGACCAAGAUCUGUUGAAGGCUGUGGUUGAUUUAACUACAUCAACCGACCUUGAUCUCCAGGAAAAGGCCCUUGUUGCGAUUAAGAGUCUCUUGCAAUUAAGAACCACUGAAGCUCGGGUUUUCAAGGAUUUUUGUGCUUUAGGUGAUGCACUGAACAGAAUGAGACAAUUGUUGCAUGAUUUGAUGGCGGAUGAGUAUCAGAGAGACUAUGUGAUGGAUGUGGAAAAUCUUCGUGUUGAAGUGGAACACACUUUCCAAAGAAAGCUGAAGCAAUCAUGAGUUGACGUGUCCAUAAAUCUUGUAUCAGUAUCUAGUUUCUAGAGAUUUCUCACAAUUUUGAAGCUGCUGUAGGUGUUUGAUGAAUUCAUGUUAAUUUUAUAGGUGUACAGGUUAAUCCCCGUCAAUAUACUAGUACCUGGUGAUUUGUAUUCUGCCAUUAGUCCUUUUUUACGUAUAGAAUUUGUGUUAACAGGCGUCUUUUAUUUUAUUGAGUAAAACGGCUUAAACUUAAACAAAAUAGUUAUAAUCAAAUGUUUUUAUAUACUUAGA